AUGCCCUGGCAUGCGCCACCAGACUCAGUCGUGGCCUCGCAGUUGAACAAGCUUCCCAUCCAUGACCCAGCGUGGCUGUGUGGCCUGUGCUUCGCGAGGUGCAAGAAUGUGUACUGCAAGAUUGUGGUUCUCCUUUCUGGCAUGUUGUUGAUCCCUGGAAUUAUAAUGAAUCUGAUCAUCGUCGCUUCUCGGUGUUGGGGCAAGAGCCUUGAAUGCUGGGAGCGCUCAACGGAGCAGGUUGCACAAGGGCCCCUUUUUUGCUUCGUCCUGGUUUGGGCACUGACUGGGAUCUUUGGUCUUUGCGUCUGCUGCUGGUGGCUCAAGAGCUGUGCAUGUCGGCGCUGCCGCAGCUCCGACUUUCAUUACGGAUACGCUGUGGUGGGCCCAGGUAGCUGCUGGGAAGUGAAGUUUUGGAUGCUCUCUUGCUCCAAUGGGCCCCCGCCGCGAGGGCACGCAUGUGAUGUAUUUUGCAGAAACUGCUUAUGUUGUGUCCUUAGCAUCAUCCAUACCCUGGCGAACCUCCCCAUGCUCCUGUAUUCAUGCCUCUGUGGCUGUGAUCAGGUAGAAAGCUUAUACCUGCCUACGGAAGUCUGCGUGAAAGGAGAGGAGGUCGCCUUGCUCUUGCCAGAGCCUUGUCCAGAGCCCAGGGGCCUUAAGACCUAUGUGUCAGCCACUUUUCUGGGAGUUGAUGAGGAAGACGAGCCGCAGGCAAAGUUUCGGUGUGCAGAUGGGACGGUCUAUUGGCUCACUGUGGAAGACAUGUGCGAUGGUGAGCUCUGCUUCGUGGCACCAAGCUUCCUAGUUGGUCAAGUCUGCGUGGGCUUGGACGAUCUGCUAGACAUGGAUUCUGACUGCAACACCGCUGCUUGGUCUCGAUAUUUUAACCCAUGA